GUGGGAACGGGAGCCCGGACGGACCGCGGCGGCCUGGGGCCCGCGGGGCUGGCGGCGGCCGGCGGGCCGCAGACCGAGCCCCGGGGCGCGGGGGGGCCGGGGACCGCCCGCCCCUUCCUGGCGUGGAGCGCCGCGGAGGUGGCUGAGUGGGUGGCGCAACUCGGCUUCCCCCAGUACGAGGAGUGCUUCAGGGCUAACGGCAUCACCGGCCGCCGCCUCAUCCUCGCCAGCUGCUCCCAUCUCCCCGCCAUGGGCGUCACGGACUUCGGCCACAUGCAGGAGAUUUCACGACACGUGCGAGAGUUGCUGGGGAUUGAGGAGCCUCCCUUCAACAGAUCCAUUGCCCUCCCAUACAGAGACAACAUGGGUCUCUUCCUGGAGCAGAAGUCCCGAUCAGGAAAGAAAGCAGAUGCCCUCACUUUCUCACAAUUUAUCCAAGAAGCAGGACUGGAGCCCUACGCUACAGCUCCUCCUUUGCAACAAGCCCAGACUGGGGUAGAGGCAGAUGCGCUCCCUGUACCACAGGGCACCCAGAGUCAGGAUUAGAGAUUCACACUGCACUUCCACCUUUGUAAGAAGCCCAUCAAGGACAGCAGAAUACACCCUUAUUACCUUGCAGUUUGUCCAAGGAGGUACAGUUCCACUUUCUUCCAAUUAUGGAAAUGGCCAUUGCAGCUCUUAGACAUUUGAUUACAGCAAACACAUCCCCUCAUUGGCACUUUUCUGCAAUCCUGCGUUUGUUUCCAGGAAACAAGUGAAGCAGAAGUUAUAAAUAAGACUGUAUCACUGGCUGUCUUUCACUUGUGCUUCACAUUUUAUUAAAAAGACCAAAAAGCAAUCACAGACGUAUUUUAAUUACCAGUGAUGAUAACAACUUCCCUGCAGCUCAAGUGAAUAGAUUUCUCCCAGGCUUUAGCAUCUGCAGAGUGGUCUCACUGUAAAGCCCGCAUGUCAGAUAAAUGGCAUAUACAAUAACUGGUGUACAGGUGUGGUGCCAGCUGCUGUUGGCAGUCGUAAUUAAGCGAGGGGCUUAGUUACAACAUGCACAACUAAUCCCUGGCCUCACCACAAAAAUUAUUUCCUGUGAGACAAAACCAAUCAGUGGUUUAUCAUAGUAAACAGUACUGAAACACAUGAUAGAUGAUGGCAGGAAGUGUAAGAGAAUACUGUAAACUGAACUAAAGAUUUUGGGGAAUAAUAAAAGCUUUGUCCUGGGUGGAUUUGGACAGAAUA